AGAGAAGCAAUUGAUAAUGGAUAUAUUGAUGGAGAAGACUCAGAUUCUUCACAAAACCCCACAUAUCCAAUCGUCAGAGCAAAUCGAAUACCCCCUUUCAAUUAAAUGGUGAAUAAUUUACAAGUUAUCUUACUAAAAUGAGAAUGAGAGGACCUCUAAUUUCACUUUUGCGCCUUUUGGCCGUGAUUCCAGCGGCAUAUGGGAGUCUGCCGGUGCUCCCGCCGCCUUCAACGACGUCCGAUUCUACUGUUUCGUAUCAAUUUCAUCUUCCGCCGCCGCUUCCGGCCAAGAUCAACUCAACACCUAAACAAGAUGCUAUAUUGGUGGCUGCACCAGAUGGCACAUUAUAUCAAGUAGAUAUCAGUUCAGGUAGAAUUCUUUGGUCUUUUCCAUCUGGAGCACCAAUAUAUGAUUCACAUCAAGCAGUUAAUUUGGAGGAUGAUGAGCAUAAUUCCUCUAGGCAGCAGCAGCACAAUAAGUUCUAUAUAGAUUGUGGAGAUGACUGGCAACUCUAUAUCCAUGCCAAAAACACUAAAGCAGAGAAACUUCCAUUUGGAGUAGAAGAGUUAAUCGGACGUACUCCACAUGUUUCAGUUGAUGGAGUUCUCUUAGGGUCAAAAAAGACAACUGUAUUCCUUGUUGACCCACAAACCGGUAAAAUAAUUUACACCUUCAAGUCAAACGGAGGUCAAACCCCCGAACAAAAUUCCAUAAUACUAAAGAAAGAUGCUAACAAAUGGAACGACCCAACCACAUUGGACUUUGACCCUGUUGACCAUGACCAACUUCUCUACAUCAAGAGGUUUGACUAUGAGCUAAAAUAUUCGUCAUCAACAACCGGAAAUGUUUUAUGGUAUCUCAUGUUUGCUGAUUUCGAAGCUUCUCAAUGUCAUGGAUCAAAUACCUUUUUAGGUGGAAUGCAAGAUUUUUGUCAGACAAAUUAUCCGGUUUUUCGUGUUCGUGAUCCUCGUGAAUUGGAGUCAAUUUUCAUGGUCAGCAAGCUAGAAAUGUCACUUAAUGGUGGUCAAACUUUUGCCCUACCUCCUCCUAGUGAUGAAAUGCCCAAACAAAUUGUUCCAUAUUCGCCCCCUAAGCCUCGACAUAUUUACGAAAUACCCCCUCAAAUUCAUCAUAGUAACAAGACCGAAAAUCCGAGUAGAAUUCUUGUGAACUUGCAUGGGUUUUUGGUUGCUGGGGUUUCGUUCUUGAUAGCGUUAAUCUUUUAUUUAUGGAAUUUAUUGAGGAAAGAGAAGAAAGUGAAUGAGGUGGUUAGUGUAAUUAAGGUGCAAAAUGUAACACCAUCCAAAAAGAAAAAAACCCGGAAAUCUGGAGGAAAUAAUCACAUAGUUUCUGAACGAAAAAUCGGGAAGUUAUUGGUUUUCAAUAAAGAAAUUGGGAAGGGAAGUAAUGGAACAGUUGUAUUGGAGGGAAUUUAUGAUGGUAGAGCUGUUGCUGUGAAAAGGAUUGUGAAGGUGCAUCAUGAUGUGGCAUUAAAAGAGAUACAAAAUCUGAUUGUAUCUGAUCAACAUCCUAAUAUUGUUAGGUGGCAUGGGGUUGAGUAUGAUCAAGAUUUUGUUUAUAUUGCACUUGAACGAUGUGUAUGUAGCUUGCAUGAUUUGAUAUUAUUACAUGGUGAUUCGAGUGUUGAAUUGCAAUCGACGAUGGAAGUAUUCAAAGAUUUGAAAUUAUGGAAGCCUAAUGGAUAUCCUUCUCCAGUUAUGCUGAAAGUAAUGAGGGAUAUAGUUACUGGACUUGCCCAUUUACAUGAGCUUGGAAUUAUUCACCGGGAUUUAAAGCCUCAGAAUGUCUUAAUACGCAAAGAUACUUCCAUUAGUGCAAAGGUCUCUGAUAUGGGCAUUAGCAAACGCCUAUCUGACAAUAAAUCUUCUUUAACCAAAACCACAACAGGUUAUGGGAGUUCAGGGUGGCAAGCACCAGAGCAACUUAAGAAUGAAAGGCAAACGCGUGCUGUGGAUUUAUUCAGUUUUGGGUGUUUACUGUUCUUCUGUAUUACUGGUGGUAGACACCCGUUUGGUGACAUGCUUGAACGCGAUAUAAACAUUGUGAAUGAUCGAAAAGAUCUUUUCUUGGUGGAUAAUAUUCCAGAAGCUUUUCAUCUCAUCUCCCACCUCCUACAUCCGGAUCCACAAUUCAGACCAAAAGCCGCAGAAGUCUACAACCACCCGCUCUUCUGGGAUGCAGAGACCCGUCUCUCCUUCCUUCGAGACGCAAGCGACCGUGUAGAGUUAGAAGACCGUGAAACAAAUUCCAAUCUUCUAAAAUCACUCGAAGCCACGGGCCCACAAGCCUUGGGUGGCAAAUGGGAUGAAAAACUAGACAACACCCUUCUAACUGACAUCGGGCGUUACAGAAAAUACAAAUAUGAUAGCGUACGUGAUUUAUUACGCGUUAUAAGAAACAAAUUGAAUCAUUAUAGAGAACUCCCGAAAGAAUUGCAAAGUGUGUUGGGUGUGGUCCCCACGGGGUUUGAAGGGUAUUUUAGUAGUCGGUUUCCAAGGCUUGUUAUGGAAGUGUAUAAGGUUUUGAAAGAAUAUUGUGGAGAUGAAGAGUUUCUUCAUAAGUAUUAUAGAGAAGGGAAGUUUUAAGUUAUAUAAAGUGUUUGUUGAAUGUUGAUGAUGGUUUUUUCAAAAAAGAAAUGUGACAUGGUGUAUAUAUAUAUAUUUUAACUAAAAAGAUGGCUUCUGAAUUUAUUA